AUGCGGUUAUAAGUCUUAUCCAGAAAUUCAAAGACGCAAAAUGAAUUAAUGAUUAAUUUAAUAUUUCUUUUCUCUUUAGUUAAUACAUAAGAAUCUUCAUUCUACAAUUAAGAAUAAGCAGGAGGCAAGAAUCAAGGACUUCAAUCCCCUUCAAAUGUAUUUUUAUACGAUGACGAGCAACUUCGAUACUUUACGAGCAUCACUUUGAUAUCUAGUUUCAAUGGAGUGGAGAAAGAUGGGAAAUAUAAAAUUGCUCUUGAUGUAGAUUUGCCAUUUAUAUUCAUCACAGAAUUGAACAAUUCUCUGCAUUUUACUAAGCUAAUACCUACAGACGAUUAAAUUGAAUUAAUAAUCUCAUACAUCAAACCCAAAUUCAAAGAAAUUGAGGAUUGUUGGGGAAAUAUUUUCUAUGUAUUAAAUAGCAGUCUAUGGAUAAAUGAAAAUAUAGGGUUGGAUGUUUCCUUCUUUUACUACACUGGAUAUGGGGCAAUUGAUUUUAGACAGUCGACUAUGUUGGAUGGUUAUAUCGGAUUGGGGAAAUACCCUUUAGUUGAGAAAGGCAACUUCAAUUACAUUAUGAAUCUAACUCAUCAACAUUUGAUAAGCCAUCCCUCUUAUUCAUUGUAUUUUGGCAAUCAGGAAGGAUUUAUAGAUUCUGUUAUCACUUUGGGGAAUUAUUAAGAAUCGUUUAAAUAAAAUGGAACAGAAUUUCAAUAGCUAAAAGCAAUCCCUGGAUGCAAUCAAACAUGGUGUUUUCGAGUAAAUCAAAUCUCACUUUAUAAAAAUGACACAAUAAUAUACAGUUCAAGCAAUCACAAGCCUUACACUUCAUUUAUUAGUUCAACUUUUGAGUUCAUUUACAUGCCUAGAGAAAUAGCAGAGGCCAUUAAAUUUCACAUUCAGAAGAAUGAUAACAUAGACUGUGACUUCAUUAAUUAUCCAAUUCAAAAUAGAAACAACACCAUUCUCAUCUGUUCUACGAAGUUAUAAAUAUCUAUACCCCAAAAUUUCCCUGUAGUAGAGUUUGUGGUUUUAUAACAUUCUUAAAAGAUCACUUUGACUUUCAAUCCUCAGCAGUACAUCUAAAAAUGUCUUGAUGAUGUUGAGACGUACGAAUUUAAAUGUUUGACAUACUUUGCCAUAUAUGAUAAAAAAAUAGACUAAUAUAAACCCAACUUUGACAUUGUUUUUGGAUUGCCCUUCCUUAGAGUCUACUAUACAUAUUAUGAUUUACAGAAUUCAACUAUAUUGUUUUCGCAGGCAUAUUAAUUUGAUGACAUACCUUUAAUUUCUAGAUUUUGGUAUUAUAGUUUUUUGGCUCUAUUAAUUUGUUGGGCACUAGUCAUGAUGAGUUGCGGAAUCUUCUUCAAAGAACAGAUGGAUCAGAUGAUUGUCUUCGUCAUCAACAUCUUGAAAUACAUUCAAGGAGAUCAGCAAGCAAGAUAACAAGUAUUGAGAAAUUAUUUAGGAGAUGAUUGA